AUACUAUUAGAUGACAUAAGCAUAUGCCAUCCCUUUGCCUUAAAAAGUUUCAAGCAUUUUAAAAUAUCCACACAUUCCUCUCUCCAUUAUGAUGCCUUCCCUUCUUGGACACAUGAAAUUCAUCCUUUGUUAGUUUGUUUCUAUAUAAGACCAAUCUCACUCAUUUCUUCAAGCCUCUCUUUCAAAACACUCUCCAUUAUAGCAGCUUUUUGAAGUGGUGUUUGAUUAGUACAGUACUGCAAUGAUUUCCACAAGGGCAGAAGAAGCAGAAGAAAAGGAAGCAUAUGAGAUAGCCGAAGACAACCUGCAGGAUGCUGAGUCAAAGCAAAGUGAUCAUGAUGAUGAUGAAGGAGUAGCUGAUCAUCAUGAAGAUGAUAAUUUGGGAGAUUGGUUGAGCUUGAGCCUCAAUAAAGAUGAUCUAUCCUCAAAACCAGGCAGUAGUAGCAGCAGCAGCAAUAAGGUUUUCUCAUGCAACUUCUGCAUGAGGAAGUUCUAUAGCUCACAAGCCUUAGGAGGCCAUCAGAAUGCACACAAAAGAGAAAGAGGAGCUGCAAAGAGGUACCAAUCUCAUAGAAUGAUGAUGACAACGAUGAUGGGGUAUCCCUUCAAUUCUGUAGCGGCUCGUUCACUUGGUGUUCAGCCUCAUUCACUUGUGCAGAAGCAAACCAGAGAUAGGUCUUCGAUGAUGGCUCGCUCCGGCGCCGUCGAUGGUUUUAGCGCUGGUUUUGGAAUGCCGUGGACACCAUUCAUGCUUGAAAAUACCAUGGAUAUGAUUUGGCCUGGAAGUUUUCGAGUCGAACACAGAUUGCCAAGCAGUACACAUGAUCAUCAUCAAUCAGAUCAUGUACAUAAUAAACAGCUCGACUUAAAUUUACGGCUGUGAUUCUAGUUUUCUUAGUACUAUUGCUUCAGCUUAUUGUACUUAAUUUUGAAGCUAAAUUCUUGUUGUUUCAUUUCCUCAUCCAAAUAAUACAUGUUUCGAACUUUCGAUCAUGAUGAUGAAUUUGGAUUAUCGGUAUUUGUCUCGGAAAUCUUUUGACAUUUUAUCUAAAAUGGUCCAUAAUUUGGAUGAACAAUUCGAACUGAAAGUCGUGAACA